AUGCGUAAAGCAACCUUCAUGGAGCUAUGUGCUGAGCUGGCCCCCGACCUGCAGUGCAAGGACAGCAGAUUGAGAGCUGCCUUUCCAGCUGAGCACAGUUUAUACAAGAAGAAGAUGGGAAAUCAAACCACCAUGAUAGAGUUCCUUCUCCUGGGAUUCUCUGAUGUUCGGGAGCUGCAGAUUUUACACUUUGCAGUGUUUUUAGUGAUUUACCUGGCAGCUUUGUUGGGGAACUUUGUCAUCAUCACAGUCAUAGCUGUUGAUCAGCACCUUCACACCCCCAUGUACUUCUUCCUCGGCAACUUAUCAUUCAUAGACCUCCUCUACAUCUCUGUCACUGUCCCCAAAUCUAUGGUCAAUUCCCUGUGCAACACUAGAGUGAUCUCUCUCCCUGAAUGUGCUGGACAAUUGUUUUCAUUUGUUUCUCUGAUAGCUACCGAACUCAUUUUCCUCACUAUUAUGGCAUUUGACCGCUAUGUUGCAAUAUGCAAACCUCUGCACUAUACAAUCACUGUGAAUAAGAAUCUGUGUCUUAAGUUAGCCUGUGGGUCAUGGGUGGGCUGUGGAUUGUAUUCCGCUUUGCACACUGUAAGUACAUUUUCGCUGCCCUUCUGUGGUUCGGUUAUCAACCAGUUCUUCUGUGAUAUCCCCCCACUGCUGAAUCUCCGUUGCUCCAAGGACAAUAUUAGUGAAACUGUGAUGAUCGCCAUUGGUCUUUGUUUGUGUUUCAGCUGUUUUGCUUUAAUAGCUGUGUCUUAUGUUAAAAUCUUCUCUGCCAUCCUGAAAAUACCUUCCAUUCAGGGUCGGCAUAAGGUCUUCUCCACUUGUCUGCCCCACCUCAUGGUCGUCACUUUAUUCCUCAGUACGAGCAUUUUUGUCUAUAUAGUGCCCACCUCCAACUCGCCAUCUAAGCAAAACCUGGUGGUGGCUGUUUUCUAUACUGUGCUGCCACCACUGAUUAACCCUUUCAUCUACAGCCUGAGAAACCAAGAGAUCAAAAAGGCCCUGGGAAAACUGAUUGGGAGAAAUUUUCAUCCUAACAAUAAAAUGUUCAUCCCUGAAGAAGAGCUCUGUAAGCCACUAGAACCCAGCCAGAGCAGAAUCGUGUGCAUGUAG